CCACCAAAAUGUCAAGUCCAAAUCCAAACCCAACCCUCCUCCCCUCCCCCUUCCCCGACGAACCCUCUUCAAAAUCCCGCUCCUCCUCUCCCCGCCCACCCCACGACGCCGCCGCCGCCCCAGAACCCGCCGCCGACGAGCCGCCCUACCCUGAGACAGACGACCCCCCCUACAUCGAACCCACGUCGACAACCCUCCUGCCGCCGCCCUCCUUCUCCCCCUUCUUCACCCUCAUCGAAGACGCGGCCACGGGCGAGCACUACCACCCCUCGCUGCACUACCUCUUCGCCGACGACGACCCCAUCCUGCUGACGGCGGCCUCGAUGCGCGCGCUCGGCGUCGACGAGGCCGCGCUGCUCGUCGACGAGGCCGCGCUGCUCGCCGACGACCCCCACCAACACCAACACCAGCGCCACGAACCCGUCGAAGACGCCGACGACGAGAUGCGCGAAUCGCCGCUCCCGCCGCCGCUGCCGGGCGUCACGGAGCGCUACCUCGUGGUCGAUGUGGGCGCGGACGGGCAGGCCGUGGCGGAUGCGCAGAGCCUGAGCGCCGAGUGGCAGGUGACGCAGACGGCGGUGCGGGCGGCGCCGAGCUGGGACGAGGAGGCGGGCGGGGAGGGGCUGAUGCUGGUGGUGGGUGGGGUGGAGGUGAAGCAGGCGGGGAAGCGGGCUGGGGGGCCUGGGGAGGCGAGGCUGGCGGAGGCGAGGGGGGCGACGGGGGGGGAUGUGGUGGCGGGGUUGGAGCGGAUUGUGGGGCUGUUUGAUGGGGAGCUGGGGGUGUUGCGGAGGGUGGUUGGGGAGACGGGGGUGGAGCGGCCGGGGGCGGAGAGGAGGGAGAGUUGA